GUCCACUCAAUAUAGUCUGAGUCCUUUUAAAGGAGGACAUACUUUUUUAGUUUUGCCAUAGCCUGAUCUUAUUUUACUACUGCAUUUCUGACAUUCUAAAUCUAGAUUUGUUUAUUAGCUUUUUGCAAAAAAUGAUAGCCCAUCUUAAAGUAAAUGGAGUGUUUUUAUAACAGUCCUUAAGUGUUAAGAGCAAGGCAGUUGUGGUUAUUUCCAAAUUGUUUAAUUCCAUCAAGACAAUAUCAGGUGUGAUGAUCUGCUUACAAAAAAAUGUUGGAUGUUUUUGCGUGUUUGGGGUAGAGCGUGUUUCAGAUGGGAGCGGACGUAGGGCUGGGCAGUAUGGCCCAAGUAUCAUAUCCCGGUAUUAUUUUUAUUUGCCGGUAUUUUGUUUAUAAUAAUAAAAGUUCUACAUUUUAGUUUUGAGUAGUGUGACCCUAGGGUGGCAACAUAUACACUCUCUAAAGUGAUUUCAAUGGGUCUUUCUCCAUUGUGAUUGUUUUAUACUGUUUAAUUCAACUUUAAUCAAUAAAUUUGAUCAUUUCCAUUCUGACACGUAGGGUUGCACGAAAUGUGCAAACAAUCUUGACCAUAUUUUAAACAAUAUGUUGCGAUUUGACUUUGUGAUUUUAGAGCAAAACACUUGGGUGAACUGUUAGACUCAUGGAAAUAGUUUGAGUGUAAUAGUGGGAACUUUAAAUGGUGUUUUACAUGAUGACAAAUUAAGUAUUUCCUAGGGGACCCUUUAUUCUUUGGCUACAUUGAUGUUUUCUCUUAGCUACUUCAUGUAGCUAACAUUUUUGCUUUUUGUACUCCUCUUUGAAGAAACUGUUGCACAAAAACAUGCAAUGUAGGUCUACACCUACAGGCUGUAUAGCUAGUUAAGUUUGUUGGCUCAGUACAUUUAUUAGCUAGCAAUUAGCAUUAAUGGCUAGCAAGAAUUAGGCUCAACUUACUAAGAAUAGACAAACUAGCUGUUUGCAGUAAGAAGCAAACUAAGUGUAAUUACAGAACACUUAAUAUUAAGAAGCAAAAUGAAAACCGCAUUGUCAUCAACAUUGUUGCAUGUGCUGCGUUGACUAUGCAGAGACUGAACGCAAGUGUCAUGCUCGAGGAACAACAAAUGUUCUCGAGUGAUGGGGCAGGGUAGGUCUGAAAGCUGCAUGGGGAAAGCAGAGAAAUAGAUAUACUACAGAUCAAAAGAUUGGGGUCACUUAGCAAUGUCCUUGUUUUUGAAAGGACAAGCCUUUUUUUCUUUUCAUUAAAAUAACAUCAAAUUGAUCACAAAUACAGUGUAGACAUUGUUAAUGUUAAUGACUAUUGUAGCUGGAAACAGCUUAUUUUUUUUAAUGAAAUAUCUAGAGGCCCAUUAUCAGCAACCAUCACUCCUGUGUUCCAAUAGCAUGUUGUGUUAGCUAAUCCAAGUUUAUCAUUUGAAAAGGCUAAUUGAUCAUUAGAAAACAAACCCUUUUGCAAUUACGUUAGCACAGCUAAAAACUGUUCUGAUUUAAAGAAGCAAUAAAACUAGUCAUCAGACUAGAUGAGAACCUGUACUCCGGGAUGCUGGCCUUCUAGGCAGUUCCAGUGUCUGUUCUUUUGCCCAUCUUAAUAUUUUAUUUUUAUUGGCCAGUCUGAGAUAUGCCGUUUGCUUUGCAACUCUGCCUAGAAGGCCAGCAUCCUGGAGUCGCCUCUUCACUAUUGAUGUUGAGGCUGGUGUUUUGUGGGUACUAUUUAAUGAAGCUGCCAGUUGGGGACUUGAGGUGUCGGCUUCUCAAACUAGACACUCUAAUGUACUUGUUCUCUUGCUCAGUUGUGCACCGGGGUCUCCCACUCUUUCUAUUCUGGUUAGAGCCAGUUUGCGCUGUUCUGUGAAAGGAGUAGUACACAGCAUUGUACCAGAUCUUCAGUUUCUUGGCAAUUUCUCGCAUGGAAUAGCCUUCAUUUCGCAGAACAAGAAUAGACUGAGUUUCAGAAUAAAUAUAUUUGUUUAUCCAGUUUGAGCCUGUAAUCGAACCCACAAAGGCUGAUUCUCCAGAUACUCAACUAGUCUAAAGAAGGCCAGUUUCCUUUUUCUUCAAUUAGAACAACCGUUUUUAGCUGUGCUAACAUGAUUGCAAAAGGGUUUUCAAAUGAUCAAUUAGCCUUUUUUUAAUUAUAAAUUUGGAUUAGCUAAUACAAUGUGCCUUUGGAACACAGGAGUGAGGGUUGCUGAUAAUGGGCCUCUGUACACCUAUGUAGAUAUUCCAUAAAAAAAAUCUGUCAUUUACAACAUUAGCAAUGUCUGCACUGUAUUUCUGAUCAUUUUUGUAAUUUUAAUGGACAAAAUGUACAUGUCAUUUAAAACCAAGGACAUUUCUAAGUGACCCCAAACUUUUGAAUAUAGAUAGAUAUAGAUAUAUAGAUUUAAAACUAGGCAAGUCGGUUAAGAACAUUCUUAUUUACAAUGACGGCCUUCACCGGCCAAACCCGGACGACGCUGGGCCGAUUGUGGGACUCUCAAUCACAGCCGGUUGUGAUAAAGCCUGGAUUCAAACCAGGGUGUCUGACGCCUCAAGCACGGAGAUGCAGUGUCUUAGACCACUGCACCACUCGGCAGCCCAGCGACGACUCAAGUAGCGACGUAAAGUAUAAAAAUGGACGUUACAUUUUAACAAACCAAACAUUCAAAAAACUUUAUAGAAGGUAAAGUAAAAACCCAAACAGGUCGGUGCAUCAAUACCACAUAUCGUAAAAUACGGAAUACCACCCAGCACUAACCAGACGGCAUAUACACUCCCUGUCAAAAGUUUUGUAACACCUACUCAUUCAAGUAUUUUUAAUUUUUACUAGAAUUGUAGUGAAGACAUUAAAACUAUGAAAUAACACAUGGAAUCAUGUAACCAAACAAGUGUUAAACAAGUGUUUUAUAUUAUUCAAGUUCCUUUGCCUUGAUGACAGCUUUGCACACUUGGCAUUCUCUCAACCAGCUUCACCUGGAAUGCAAUUCAAUUAACAGGUGAGCCUUGUUAAAAGUACAUUUGUGGAAUUUCUUUCCUGCUUAAUCCGUUUGAGACAAUCAGUGGUGGUGUGAAAAGGUAGGGGGUAUACAGAAGAUAGACCAAGUCCAAAUUAUGGAAAGAACAGCUCAAAUAAGCAAAGAGAAAUGACAGUUCAUCUUUACUUUAAGAUUUGACGGUCAGUCAAUACGGAACAUUUCAAGAACUUUUAAAGUUUCUUCAAGUGAAAUCACAAAAACCAUCAAGCUAUGAUGAAACUUACUCUCAUGAGGACCACCACAGGAAUGAAAGACCCAGAGUUCCCUCUGCUGCAGAGAAUAAGUUCAUUGAAGUUACUAGCCACAGAAAUUGCAGCCCAAAUAAAUGCUUCAGAAUUCAAGUAACAAACACAUCAACUGUUCAGAUGAGACUGUGUGAAUCAGGCCUUCAUGGUCGAAUUGCUACAAAGAAACCACUACUAAAGGACGCCAAUAAGAAGGGACUUGCUUGGGCCAAGAAACAUAAGCAAUGGGCAUUAGACCGGUGUAAAUUUGUCCUUUGGUCUGGAGUCCAAAUUGAAGAUUUUUGGUUCCAACCGCCAUGUCUUUGUUAGACUGUGUGGAUGAACAGAUCUCUGCAUGUGUAUUUCCAGCCAUAAAGCAUGGAGGAUGAGCUGUGGGUGUACUUUGCAGGUGACACUGUCAGUGUUUUUUAUUUAUAAUUCAAGGCACACUUAACCAGCAUGGCUACCACAGCAUUCUGCAGCGAUAUGCCAUCAUCUGUUUUGCGCUUGUUUUUCAACAGGACAAUAACCCAACACACCUUCAGGCUGUAAGGUCUAUUUUACCAAGAAGCAGAGUGAUGAUGUGCUGCAUCAGAUGACCUAGCCUCCACAAUCCACUGACCUCAACUCAAUUGAGAUGGUUUGGGAUGAGUUGGACGGCAGUGACGCAAAAGCAAGUGCUCAGCAUAUGUGUGAAAUCCUUCAAUUUCUUGAGGAAAAGUAUUCCUCAUGAAGCUGGUUGAGAGAAUGUCAAGACUUUGCAUCAAAGCAGGGUGGCUUCUUUGAAUCUCAAAUAUGAAAUUUUGAUUUAACACUUUUUGUAUUCUUUACUACAUGAUUCCAUAUGUGUUAUUUCAUAGUUUUGAUGUCUUCACUUUUAUUCUACAAAUGUAGAAAUUUGUAAAAAAUAUCAUCUCGAAUGAGUAGGUGUUCUAAAACUUUUGACCGGUAGUGUAUUAUCAUUACUUCACUGGAAAAUAAUUUUGAAACAAACAUUUGAAAUAUCAUACAGAAAAUGCUCUGGGUUCACAAGUUUUUAUCAUUAGGGGUCCGAAUGAUGAACAAAGAAUAGAAAAGAGCAGAGACUGAUUUGUAUUUUUUUGAGCAGACUUUAGUUUCUGAAAUUUUCUUGGAAGUAUUCAAGGUGCAUCACAUGUGAAGAUAAGCUCUUGAUGGAAUGAAGCACCACUGUAAGAUGAGGCAAACUCCUGAGUUGUUGGUUAUUUCAGCUGUCAUGGGCAAGCUUAGCCAUGGUGUGACUGUCUGCCACUGACCUCCAGGUUUUCACUCCUAGGCAGAUUAGUGGAGUCCCUGAAGCAGCCUGAAACCCCCGACAGACUCCCAUAGGCAGCAAACUCCCUCCCUGCGCUGAAUCCUUUCUCUCUAGCGUCCCCUCUGAGUCUCCUGAUAUGUUCUCCAACCUCCACUCCUCCCUUGCUCCCACUAAGGUGCGGAGGAGCCCCUCCAAGUAUCCCUACAGCAGCACUGAGAACCUGGCUGCCAUAGGAUCUUCCCCCAAUGGAUCUGACAAGAAGCGGCGAGAUCCUCUGUCCCCCAGUCCAAUGGAACUGCAAAGCCAUGCAAAAUCCAAUGCAGGCUUCAGAAUUGUCUCUGCCAAAUCUGCUGUUGCAAGUGGCGAUCCUGUGCCAAUUAAGGCGGUUGAGGGCAAAAUACCUCCUCUACCUCUUCCUGACUACGAUAGCCUGUUCCCACAGAAGAGACAUGGAGUACAAGGACAGACUCGGUGUGACCAUAUAAUUGCAGAGGUGAAUCAGAGACAGCAAGAAUAUGUACCACACCUCAUUGGUAAAGAGAUGAGUGUGGAUGGCCCAGACCUCGACUCACCAGGACCUCCACGCAAUGAUAAAUAUUCCUACUUGCAGGAGCGGGCAGCAGAGCACUUACACCAGCAACAGACACAAGUUCAGAAAGUUCAAUCUACCUCUUUGAGGAGCGUAGGGCCCAGCAGUUCGCCAGCACUCACUCCCCCUUCCAAACCAGUAGCUGCAGUCCCCCUUAGACUAGUGGUAGACUCUAACACAAACCAAGACCAGAGCACUAUACAGGCUAAUCCACCUGAGGCGCCCAAUGCCUUUGUCUCCAAAGUCUUGGUCUCUACAAAACCCAUGGUUCAGAAAAGAGACAUACCCUCCGUGACACCUCGGGAGGAUGCAAAGAAGGUGAUAAACACAUCUUUUUCUACAGCCAGUGAUGGCAAACCUGUUUUCUCAACAGAAAAACAUAGACCUACAUCACGAGUGGUUUUGGUGUCAAGUUCUACAGAUGAACCUAAAGGACUGCCAAAAACUCCCAAAGAGAUCCCCGCAGCCAAACCCAGACAAAAGUUAGUCCGCAAAGAGCCAUUGAGACCUGCAGAUCAUGAGCAGACAUUAGCAGGGUCUACCACUGUAGAGCAGGAGAACAGAUUGGAGAGGAGAGCCUCAACCCUCGAUAUGAUGAGAAGGAGUAGUCCAGUGACUGCAAAGAACACAGAGGUGACUGCUUACAAUGAAAAACAGCUCUUGUUUGACUCUGCAGAUAGGGACAUUGAGAAAAAAACACAGUUUGAACACAUUAUGAAAGCAAAGUUUGCUGAACUUGACCCCUUCCCCUUUGCCGAUAUCCUGCCUAAAGACCCAUGGGCCCAACCAGAGCCAAGCCACAGUGGAGAUUACUUGUUCACUGGAGAACCACAGAGAAACCGCAAGCUUAAAGAACAGGCAAUGACAACUGAUUACUUGGAUAAACUUUUCGUGCCAAACAAUCCAACGGAUCCCUUUGCCAGUUUUAAUGAUGGUAACUCGGAUGAACCUCGAGAGCAGGAAAAAACGGAAAAACACAGUCCUGCUUUUCAAAGGGGAUUUCCCCAAAUUAAAAAGAAACAAGGAGCACCCCAGCCUUCAGCUAAUUCAAGAAAUAAAGCAGUGAUUGGAAAAACUGAGCUAGUUAAACAAAACCCUUCACCCAGAGAAGACAAGCUGAUCAUCUCAGCCGCUACAACCGGAUGUGUAAAACUGGCACCUCAAAAUACUAGACAAAGUCAACUCUAUGGCAGAGAUGGGGUGGAAUGUCAAGACAAGUGGGCAGCAGACCCUUUUACUUCCUCCUCCCAUGUACCUUCUGUCCUGACUUCUCCUGAGCCCCCCCAGUCCGUAGUGGGAGAGCUUACUUCACAGACCGGGGAAAAGACCCUGCUACGGGCCUGGGUCUCACCCUCUGAGGUGCAGCCACUCACUGUGCUGAGUAGCAAUGGUGGUGGGCCAACCUCAACUCCACGCAGGCCUCACCCAGUGAAGCCCAUGAGCUCCAUAGAGAGCCAAGCUCCCAUUAGCACCCCGGUAGUUGGAGAGAUGUUGACUUAUGACUUCACCCUGGGGAAGAUGAAGGCGCCAGGCAUGGUGGAGAGUGGGCCCUACACCCAGCUGACCCAGGAGGAGUUGAUUACCCUAGUGGUGAAGCAGCAGACGGAGCUCUCCAAGAAAGACUCAAAGAUCGUUGAGCUGGAGGAGUACAUAGACAACCUGCUGGUGCGUGUAAUCGAGGAGAAGCCCAGCAUCCUGCUGGGCCUCAACUCUGUCAAGCAGGCCCUGUAAGGUAUGAGGAGUGGACCAGGGAACUGCAAGAUCGAGGGAGAUAUUUAGGCUUCCACUCCAUCGUCCCCUGUAGUUUGUGUGCGUGUUUUUUUAUUUUUUAUUGUUGUCACUGUGUAUUGGCUCGAGCUAUCUCUUAUUUCCUUUGAGCAUAUGCACUUUUUUUUGUCUCCAUGAGGAGUUGGACUAGGACAAUCUCGAGGUUUAUUUUCAGAAUGCUGGAAUGUAUGCUGAAUAGUUUUUUAAGUUUUUUUUUUUUUUUUUUUUUUUUUUUUUUUUUUUUUUAGAACUAUCACUCGAUGCUACAUCGCAUCAAAUUAUUUUACAAGGUUUUGAAAAUGAAUGGCUUGUUGUAACACUAUGGUACUGGAAUUUCUUUUUUAUACUCAUUUACCAUAUGCAAACAUCUCAUGUCAUUGCGUUGGUACUUUAUAUGCUGUAUAAACCAUAAUUGGCCCUCAUUAGGCAAAAUGGAACUGGAAGCUGGAAGAAGGAAGAAAAUGGAAAAUGGUGGAAAAUGGAAAAUGGAAGAAGUAUGUUGAUGUCCAUGUCACUGAAGAAAUAUCUCUGGCCAGGCCUUUGCACAGUGUUUCCAUGUUGCCUACAAUUUAGUGGAUUUUAAUUAGGCCAUCUAGCUACUUUGGUGUCUACUCAUUCCAAAGCCUUACCACAUAUAAUAAUAUGCUGGUUAGUGUUUGUUUUGUUGCAUUCUUAAACCUUGAACUUUCCUUGUUUUUCUAGGUUUAUGUUUGAUCCUUUUCUUUAAAUGAUCAUGACGUGCCUUGGCGCUACCCCUUCUUGGUGUAUUCAAUCAAACACAAGUGUUAAUCAAAUACCAAAUCGGAUUAUUGCGGGGUAUGGUACAAGUACGUUAACCCUCUCAAAGUAACUGUAGCCUCAUAGUGACAUUUCAGAUACACAGUGGUCUUACCUUAUUAGCCUAGUUCGUUGAAGCGUUAUUGGACCUGUGAUUUAGGCUAGUUCACACAGGGUUUGUUUGGAAAUGCUCAUCUGUCAACAUUGCUUAUUUUAGUUUUUUAGUUUUCCCUUAUUUUAGUUGUUUUAUACUGCCAUCUUUUUAAUGUGUCUAACGGAGGAAAACAUCAUUUACAAAACCAGUGAUGGAUAGAGAACCAGCAAUCUAUUCCAUGGUUGAGGCAGUGGAUUUGGUCACGCUAACUAUAGAUGGAGAGACCUGCUGUUCACUGUUUUCUUUUAUGUCUGUAGUAUCUACUCACUUGACUGUGCAGAGCACAAUCUUUUCUAUUUAUGCAAAAUAAUGUAAGUGCACAACAUGUCAAAUAUUUUAUGCAAGAGUAAUGACUAAGUUCAAAUCGUUACACUUUGAGAAAGAUCUUCCAAUAUAUUUAAGCAUUAUGAAUGUAGUUUCAAAAUUAACCUUAUCCUUAUUAAAUUUUAUGCCUUUUUAUUAAGCAGUAGGCUUACAACUUGUGUAAAUCUCUACGUCUCUGAAUGUAAUCUACUCAAUGUUUCUUCGGUGACUAUGCCUUUGUGAAAUGACAUAGCAAUAAGAAACAAUAUAAAUUAUAAACAUUUCUGAUUGUGCCUUCAGGGAUUUUACUCAUAAGACUUUGAUUACUGUAAAAGCUGGAUUCCUUAAGAUAGUUACCUUUUUUUGUUUACUGGUGUUAAAUUCAGUGUGAUAUUUUCAAUUGAAAUAAAGUAUAGUAAAUCAUGAAA